AUGUUGUACACUGACCCCAGCAGUAAGUCCAAGCAGCUUUGUACUCCCGAGCACGCUCACCCCUCCGAGCACUUCCUUGAAUCCCUUUCCUUCUCGCGUGAGAGCGAUCUUCUCAAAAUGGCGACGAACAAGCCCAACGAUGAGAAGGCCGAAGUGUACCAGCACGAGGUCCUCUCACCCACACAGACGAGAGACUCCAUCGACGAUGCCAAAGCAGAUGUCGAGGGUCAAUCCCGCAUGGACUAUUCGGGUGCUCAUGAGAAGACGGACCCAAAAGAAAUCGCACUCGUCAGGAAGCUGGAUUGGUACAUCAUGCCCAUGCUCUGGUUGAUGUACUGGCUCAACUACCUCGAUCGAAACGCCAUUGCUCUGGCACGCCUAGACAAUCUCGAAGAAGAACUCAACCUCCAGGGCUCGCAGUACCAAACAUGCGUUUCCAUUCUCUUCGUCGGUUACAUCCUUGGUCAGGUACCGUCAAAUAUGUUGAUCACCCGACUCAAGCCAUCGUACUACAUGAGUUUCUGCAUGGCACUUUGGGCUAUCGUCUCUGCCCUGACUGCCCUUAGCAAAGACUUUACAGGACUUCUGCUCACUCGCUUCUUCCUUGGUAUCGUGGAAGCUCCUUACUACCCCGGUGCUCUCUACAUUCUCGGCAUCUUCUAUACCCGCAAGGAGAUUGCCACGAGAAUAUCAAUCUUGUACACCGGCAACAUUUUGGCUACUGCCUUCGCUGGUCUCAUCGCCGCCGGCAUCUUCGAGAUGGGCGGCCUGGCAGGCAUCUCCGGCUGGAAGUGGCUGUUCAUCCUCCAAGGUGCUGCCACCUUCGUGGUCGCCGUCGCAUCUGUCUUCGUGCUCCCAGACGAUCCACUCAACACCCGCUGGCUCAACGAGGAAGAACGUCAGCUUGCAAACGCACGUGUCGUGUCUGAUCAAGUCGGUGCCAAGGGCGGCCAAAGCACUUUUGCAGGUCUCAAGGAAGCUGCCCGCGACCCGAAGCUAUGGCUGUUCGCCUUUAUGCAGCACAUGCAUCUUGCUGCCAACGGUUUCAAGAACUUCUUUCCGACCGCCGUGGAGACACUUGGCUUCAGCCAACUUAUUACCCUUACACUUGUCUGCCCACCUUACCUCAUCGCCGGUGCUAUCUCCAUUGCUUGGUCGUACAGCUCUGGAAAGUACAACGAGCGGACAUGGCAUAUCACCAUCGCCAAGUCCGUUGCGAUCUUUGGCUUCGUACUCUGCGCUGCUACGCUCAACACUGGCGCCCGAUACUUCGGCAUGGUCGUCUUCGCAAUCGGCACCUACGCCGUCAACUCCAUCAUCCUCGGCUGGGUCGCCUCCACAUGCGGCCAGACAAAAGAGAGAAAAGCGUCCUCCCUCGCCAUCGUCAACACCAUCGCGAACGCCUCUUUCGUCUGGACACCAUACCUGUGGCCAGACACCGACGAGCCGAGAUAUGCCAUCGCCAUGGGCAGCAGUGCUGGCUUCUCCAUUCUUUGUGCUGGUGGAGCUUGGGUCAUGAAGUUCUGGCUGAUGAGAAUCAAUCGCAAGAUCCGACAGAGCGAGAAUGAGACGGUUUUGGCGUUUGCGUAUUAG